AUGGCGACAGUCGCAAGUCCUCAGUACAGCGAAUGCGCCAGCAUUGUGCAGGUGGAUUCCGUCCAUAGUGCGGGGACUCUCCAACUAUGCUGGGAAGAUACGGUGGAUAUACUCGUGGAUGACGUGUGGAAAUUACUGGUACUGGGCCAACGGGAAACCGAUAUGGUUCAGUGUCAGAAUGGACACAGUCAGCGUCAGCUGGUCGUUGAGACAGACGCCAGGACCAAUCCCAAACUGAGUUUCCGGUCUCCUGCGCUACCCUUGUACACCCUGCCUCCACCGUCCUACGAUGAUGCCGUGAAGGAUUUACCGCCAGGAUAUGAGACGGAGGAGCGAGCACAGUGCGGAAAGAUAUCUCUGCCUGUGAUGAUUCCAGCACUAGCCCAGAAAUCGAAAUCGAGGCCGGCUGGUAAUUCGUCUGAUCUUUUUGAGGAUCGGAGGAAUUACAUAGAUCUGGACUUUGAGAGUGCGAUAGGUGUACGCGAACACAAAAAGAAGAAGGGAGCCGCACCUAAGAAACAGGCUGCGCCGACCCCUCCGGCCCCUCCUCCUCCUCCUCCGCCGGAAGAAAAUGCACCAUCAGAUGGGGCUGGAGAUGAUCCCUCGAAUGGUGAUGGGGCAGGGAAUGGUGGAGAUGGUGGUGGUGGAGGCGACGGAGGUGGUGACGAUGGCUGGGAUGAUUGGGCUACAGCGGGGUCCAAAAAGAAGACUAAAAAGCAAGAGGAAGAGGAGGAAGAGGAGCGUCUUGCUAAAGAGGAAGAAGAGCGCCUUGCUAAAGAAGAAGAGGAGAAGAAGGCUGCCGAAGCUGCUGCUGCUCCUAAUCUCAGCUGGGCUGAUGAAGGAGAUGGGGCUGGUGAUGAUUGGGCCUUUACAUCGGCUGGAAAGAAGAAGAAAGGCAAGCCUGCGGUAGAUGAAUUCCAGGAGGUCGGCUUGAACGAUGCGGCGCCACAGCUGGAUUUAAGCUUCGACACAGGUCCUAAGACCGGCGGGACUGGUUUCAGUUUCGGCGGCUGGGGCAAAGACUGGAAUACUGGCAGUAAGGGUGGUGCGGGUGGUGCUGGUUGGCUUGGAGGCAUCGGUGAGUCUGCGCCGAAGGAAGAGUCCAAAGAUCUUAAUCCAUGGGCAACUGGGAAGAACAAAUCUUCAAAAGCUCCCGGUGGGUUUGAUUUUGGUGACCUGGGACCUCCUCCUUCCGAAUCCAAGCCUGAAGAUGAUUGGGGUGCUUGGGCAGUGCCACCAGCACCACCGGAACCCGAGCCUGAGGAGGAAUCUGAACCUGAACCUGAACCUAUAAAAGACAUCACCCAAGAAACCUGGUACCUCAGUCUGAACAGCAAGGAGAAGCGAAAGGCCAAGAAAGAGUGGGAGAAAAAGGUAAAGGAAGCACAAGCAGCGGCCGAGGCUAGAGCUCAGGCCAGGGAGGAGAAGAGGAAGGCCAAGGAAGAAGCACUAGCUGCUAAAGAAGAGGAGGAGCGCCUUGUUAAAGAGGAAGAAGAGCGCCUUGCCAAAGAAAUCAAAGAAGAGGAAAGAAAAGCCCAAGAGGAGGCGGAACAGAAGGCCAAGGAGGAAGAAGAGGCCAAAAAGGCACGGGAAGCAUCCAAUGACUGGUCCUGGAAUGUCCCAAGUAAAAAGGACAAAAAGAAGAAGAAGAUCGAUCUUCUGGCUGAUCCAUUACCUGCACCCGACCCCCCUGCCGAGGAUGAUUGGAUGGGUAGUUGGGGAACAGCCGACAAGAAGAAAAAGUCCAAGGAUCCAGAACCACUCAUUGAGGAUCCUAUUCCGGAACCCGCCAAAAAUGGAGAUGACUGGGGUAGCUGGGAUGUCCCUGUCAAGGAGAAGAAGAAAAAGGGCAAGGAACCUGAACCUGAACCGGAGCCUGUGGUUGAACCUGAAGUUAUACCCGAGCCAGAGCCAGAGCCUGAACCUGAACCUGAACCUGAACCAGAGCCGGAGCCGGAAACUGAGCCCGCGGAACCUCUUGAUCCUCUUUAUGAUAAUUGGCACAACCUCUCCUCCAAGGACAGGAAGAAGAGAGAAAAAACAUUAACGCGGAAAGGUCUUCCCAUUCCUGGAAAAGAUGGAUUCCUACUUCCUUCUGACAAGCCACCCGAGCCCGAGCCCGAGCCAGAAAUUCAACCUGAACCCGAACCCGAACUGAAGCCUGAGCCUGAGCCUGAGCCUGAACCCGAACCAGAGCCUCAAACUGACCCGGAGCCUGCGCCAGCAGCCGAACCUGAAAUGCCAGUUGAAGACGAUGGUUGGGGAACCCUGGGAGUAUGGGGUGCUACCAAAACAAAGAAGAAGAAGAAGGCCGAAGAGCCCCCACCGCGUGCCCCCACGCCUCCACCUCAGAGCUAUUCUCCAGAGCCCGAAACAUUUAAUGAAGGCGCCGACGACAUAUGGGCGGAGCUGGCUCCCAAGGGUUCUAAGAACAAAAAGACCAAAGCUAUUGAGGCUUCAAAGGAAGAAAAGCCCGCGGCAAAGGGUUUCUGGGCAACUCUUACUGGUGGAUCAGCAGCCAAGACCAAGUCGAAGAAGGAGGAGCCUCCUCAGGAGGAAGACCUUUUGAUCGACGUUGAAGACGACCCUCCUGCUGAACCUGAAGUUGAACCAGAGCCUGAGCCGGAACCAGAGCCUGAGCCUGAGCAUGAGCCAGAGCCGGAACCGGAACCAGAGCCAGAAAAGCCCAAGGCCAAGGCCAAGCUUUCGGUCGCUGAGCGUAUCAAGGUUCUGGAACAAAACAGAAGGGAAAAACUCGAGGCAAAGACUUCCAAAUCCAAGUCCAAGGAGAAGAAGGUUGAAGCUGAACCUGCACCUGAACCAGAAGUCAUUCCUGAGCCAGAACCACCUGUAGAAGAGCCAAAGAAAAAGUCCAAGUCUAAAAGAGACCCCGAUGAGGACAGAGAACUUUCCAGAGACUCGGUUCCUGGCAGUUUCCCAGAUGAGCCUCCUGCUGAACCAGAGCCAGAACCGGAACCCGAGCCAGAACCGGAACCCGAGCCAGAACCAGAACCAGAACCUGAGCCUGAAGUAGUACAAGAGCCUGAACCUGAACCUGAGCCGGAACCUGAUCUUUCCAAGAUGAGUAAGAAGGAGCUGAAGAAGUAUAAGAAGGCCCAAGCAGCAGCCGCUGCCGCCAAGGAAUUUGCUGCGCCACCACCACCAGAAGAGCCCCCAGCUCCGGAACCUGAAUCUCAACCUGAGCCCGAACUUGAGCCUGCACCUGAACCUGAGGCUGCGGAGGCAGCUGAUCCAGUUGAUGCGGCUGAUGACGGUGCGCCGCCAACACCUCCCCCUGAGGAACCGGAACCAAAGCCUACCAAAUUCUCAAAAAAGGAGCGCCCCCGUGCGGAACGCACCACUACCUCCUCUGGCUGGGGUAGUUUCUGGGGUGCAGCACCACCUCCAAAGAAAUCAAGCAAGAAGGAGGCUAAACCACCGAAGGAGCCUGAGCCGGAACCAGCACCAGAGCCCGAGUCUGAGCCCGAGGCAGCACCAGAACCGGAACCAGAGCCAGAGCCAGUAGCGGAGCCCGAGGUGGUAGAGCCCGAGGAAGCAGAAGCUCCGCAAGAAGAAGAGCCUCCUAAGGCACUACCCAAGGAAAAGAAAUCUUCGAAGACCAAGGAAUCCCGGAAAAAGGAAUUCACUCGAGAAGAGCGCCCUGCUGCAGCCGUACGACCAAAGGCCACCAAGUCUCGACCAAAGGAGCCUGAGCAAGAUCUGGAGAAAUCAUCGACAUCAGACCGCGAUAAACAACGAGAACGUGAAGCACGCGCCUCCAAACAGCAGCGUGCCACCGCCAUUUCCAAUUUCAUUCUUGGUACUCCGCCAUCUGCACGGACAAAGUCAACACGUAAGCCGCCCACAUCAAAAUCAGCUUCUAGACCGGUAUCUCGAAGGCCAUCAGUAGACGAGGACGCCAUGCUAUCACCCUCUCCAGAUGAGAGACGUGAGCGACGUGAGAUGCCCGAUAAGGCAGCUAAGUUGAUGGGCAUGAGCGCUUCCAAAUCGAAGCAGCGUGAACGUCCACGGACAGAGAGACGAAAGUCAGGUAAGCUCAUAAUUUACAUCCCACGCUAA